AUGGCCUUGGCCACUAGUAUUAUCACUCUAACAAAUAACCCCUUUAACUUAUGCCCAAUCUUGGGGCUAUUGGGUAUUUACGCAUAUGCACACAUGUACUCAUCAUCCUCGCUAAAAUGGUUAAUGUUUCCGGCUGAUAAGUCUCCUCUUAUACGGAGUGUCAGAAACUAUACUAUUAAGUAUCUAUCUAAGUCUGCCUUUCCCAAGCGCACCAAAACGAGGAAACUCUAUAAGAAAGUCAUAAACAAAGCCCAUUUUUAUAGAUGGGGCGCAGGAAUAGUGGACGCUGGCAGCAAAGAUAAGACGGACGAUGCUAACCGCAGCCUUGCGACAGAAGCUGAGCGCCCUUCAACAGAAGUCCAUCGCGAUGAUGGAUCCCACAAUGCCUCUCCUAUUGAUAGGAAAUUGAUCGCACUGAGUCUGAGGAAAAUAGCUAACAAGACACGUAGAGCCCAUUUGUUGAGUAUGGACUUGGAACUGCAGUAUCCAGUGUUUCACAUUGAAAGUGCAAGCAGAAUCGUAUCAUCCCCUAACGGUGAGCAGUUUGCUGUCCCAGGUACAAAGCACGUAUGGGUAUUGGAUGCAGGAAUGUCCGAAGAAUUAUCUAUCCCUCUACCAGAGAAGAGCUAUGGUCUUCAGUUCUCACCAGACAGUCAAUUUGUCAGUAUGACCCUCUUACGCGGCAUCGAGAUAUGGGACCUGAAAAAUAAGAGGAGAGUAGUUCUGCAUACGGAACUCCCAAGCAAGCUGGCCAUAGGAUUCUCACCGAAGUCUGAUGCUGUUGCCCUGUUGAUUCAAGAUCACCGUACUUAUCCAGGCUAUUAUUUACUUGAGGUUUGGCAACUGAGCAGGCAUCCUUCUCGGCAAGUGAAUGAACGUACCCCUGUUUCGGAUUAUAUACAGUGGUCUGGCUCGAUGAUCUAUUCUGCAGAUGGUGAUUAUAUAGUUAUAUACUCGCUGCAGAAUUCUGAAGACCUCUCGCAUAACUCGAGCCGCUAUACUCUUGUUCUACUUACGUACAAUCUAGCAACAGGAUAA